AUGCAUUGUCGCAGUCGCAUGUCGCAUGCCGCAUUUAUCACUGGAGCUAACACACCCCAGUGGUUGCGCUCGCGGCGGAGUUCAUCUAGGGCUUCUCAGAGAACAGCCCCAGCCCCUGCCCCUGAACUCACCACCUCGAACCUGACUCAGUCCUCGUACUCUCUUCCCCCAACUCCCCUCACUUCGUCUUUCGACGAGAUCCUGCCUUCUGCAAAGCGUCGGCGCACUCAGCGCGCUAUCAACUCUGAAGACAAGACCCUUCCUGCAGGUGGAACAGAGACUCCCACUCAUAGAGCCUUUUCUGAGCCGUUUCAGGCACCAAAUUCGCACAGUUCUGCGAGAGCAACCCGUGCUGGCAACCUGAUACAGCCCAAUACUCAGGGCUCACAGUUACAUACCGCUUCUCUCCCAGAAACUGACCCAGAGACUCCGUCGAGGUCCAAGUCAAAAACCCCCGCUUCAGAAAAACCUCGAUCUGAACGAACCAUCACCCCCAAGCCUCAAACCCGGCAACAGACGACGACUGUCAAACUUGAAUCAGAUAAAGAUACUGUCAAAGACUCGCCGAUGGGCGCUGCCAUGUCUCAUUCUCGCAAGGCCAGAAAACCGUUGCCCACUCGAAACGAUGGGUCUGCGGACCAGGAGAACGCCGCUACUCCCACCGAGUCUUCCACAUCCCGUGCGGCGAGCCCUCAGUCUUCUCGCCGGGAUCGAAAAUCGAAGCUCGCUACUAAUACGGCUGCAAAGAUCAAGUCGUCGCCAGCUGCAAAGACUCAAUCCACUCCUACAUCCGCCGCCAAGGAUAAACCGGUACUCAACGGAACAGCCAGGGCAGCGACACCCGCAAAAAGGCCAGAAGCUGCGACUCCGGGCACGUCCACGAGGCCCCGCCGCCGCGAUCGCAAAUCAACCAAAGCCAACGGCCAAACUCCAGACUCGAAGCGGGAGACCGCAACUUCAGCCUCCACAGAGACUCGGGACGAAGACGUUCAAUGUACUCAGUCUCAAUCACCUAACAAGCGGAACAACACGGUAACGCUGAAUGUAGGCCGUAAACCUUUGGAAAGUCUACUUGCGCAACAAACUCCGAAUGGCGAUCCAAGCAACAAUGGAACACCCGCCGAUGUUGAAAAUGGAGAUUACCAUUUCGAAUACGAUACAGACAUGUACCGGAACAACUAUGGUCUUGAUGGUCACAUGGAUGCCCCCACUUCUCCCACCAGCCUGUCCACGACCACCUCCAACGCCGCGCGUACGUCUGGGCGUACGCGAAAACCGACUAUUCGAGCUCUAGAGUCGUUUGAAUCCGAGCGGCGGCACCGCCGUCCGCGUGCAUCAUCUGUCAAGGCAACGGCCGAACCUAUGGAGGCAACCUCCUCCCCCAAUUCUACACAGAAGCCAACCCAGGAGUCCUCACCAGCGAAGUUUACACCAGCACACAGACCUGACAUCAUGAGCAUUGCGAAGCUUAUUUACAAGCUGGCCGCGCAAGCACUUGCCCCAGAUUUCGUCCCUGCUCCAGAAGCUGAUACAUGGAUCAGCGAACUGCAGCAGAAAGUAGAUAAGGAGCAGGAAAGAAAGAAGGAACAGGAACAGGAAGCACGAAGCAAGGCGAAGCACCAAAAAGAUAACGGCAGCGAUAAGGAAAAGGAAGCCGGACAAGAAAUGGUAACUUCGUCUGCUGAGGAAGAAGCGGAGAGUGGACGAGAAAGUACGCCACCCUCAAGCAAGCCAUAUUUAGAUAAUGUGCAAGUCUCAACGCCGUGGACUGAUGAGGAUGGAUGGGUGUACACAGGUCAGGUCAACAAGUAUGAAGAAGAGUAUGUUAUUAUUCCGCCGAAAUUCGAGUGGUAUCGCCCCAACAACACCUACGGAGAUGACCGACUCCCCCUCCCUCCUGUGCGUCUGAGAUCUCUGGUUCAGGCAGAAAAGGACCGCGCAAUGGGGUAUCCUCCCCUCAUAGGAGACCGCAAUAUCCCAAUCACUCAAGAGUAUUUCCUGUAUGAAAAUGUGCCCGAGGAGAAGGCCAAGCUCAAGAUCAAGGAGGCUGCCCGUGAAAGGGGGAUUUAUGUCUCCAGGUUCAUGACCACUGAGGAGAUUCAGACCAUGAUCGACAACUAUGACAGUGGUAAACCACCUGUGCCGCUUGACCCGCCUGUCCCGCCUGUUGUUGGAGAGCCGGUAAAAGCGAAAGAACCUACACGCAAGCGCCGACGUGCUGAGACAUCGACGCCUAGCAAGCAGUCCGAGGUGGGUUCGCCUAGGCCAAAGAGACGGCGUCAAGACACAGACGAUACAACUCCCUCGGACCCUAGCGCAGGAGAUUAUCAAGAAAAGCUUUCACUCAGAGUCAAAUUGGUAUUUGAGAACAAGCAGCUGCUGCGAAAGCAUGUAGCCGCCACCGAAGCCAAAAACGCUGAGCAGUCAAAGAAACGCCCCCAUUCCGAGAUCGAAGAUAUUCCUACAGACACCCAAUCGCCAACAGUCCAGAAACAGAAGGCAUCCACACCUGUAUCAGCGCCCACUACCCCCGCCAGAGGCACAGGGCAGCUCAACUCUGCCCAGGUCACACCUGAGUCAACGGAGCAAACUCCAGCCGAAACGACGCCUGGCGGUCGACCGCGACGUCGUGCCGCCGAUGCCUUGAUGGCUAACUUUCAGCGUCACGCCGAAGCCCGGGCCCUGCGCUCUGAACGGGCCAAAAUGGGCCAUGCAAAGCGCAAGGGAACCCCACUGAAAACCGUAACGGGAGUUCAUGGGGACACAGUUGAGUCGCCGAUCCGGCCGGCGGCUAAUCCCAUUAAGGCCGAUCCAGUCCAGCACUAG